GAGUUUUUCCGAGAUCGUCGGCGCGCAGUCAUGGACUCGCUGCGCGUGUUUCACAGCCUCAAGCUCGACACCCUCGAGGAGGACUGGAUCAAGUCGGUUUGGGAUGGCGAGUUCGUCGUCUACGACGAGCCGCCGUGCGAUUACGUCGAGUACCUGGAGGGCGAGGACGCGCGAAUGCUGCUGGACGAGUGCUGCCGGGUCCUGCGGACAUGGCUCGUCGCCGCGAAUGGCGGUGACCCGGACGGUUUCUCGUGGCAGGCGCUGAUGGUCCUGAACAUCGACGUGCGCGGCCUGCUCGCCGUCCUGGGUUACGUAAUGAAGACCGGCCAGAGCCGCGUCGAGACCGACGGGGAUGCCAGACAGGCCUGCCUGGACGCCACGAGCCUAUACCUCAUGCUGCUCGCGAUACCCGGCAGCAAUGCCUUCCGAGUCUACCAUCCGAAUCUGUACAAGAGAGCGAUCGAGACGCUGAGGAUGUCGAAAAGUCUAUUUCUCCCUGCCGUCGGCGGCGGCAGCAGCAGGGAGGUGCACGCUAUGAACUUCAGUGUCGAGGAUGAGCCGUCGGAACUCGGUCUCUCGCAUUCCGAGAGGACGAAGCUCGCGAGAGAGUUGAACAGGGUCGUCACCGACCUCGUGACGACGCUCGAGCUGUUUCGUUUCAAGGAGCACCACGAGUCCCUGGACGUCACGGUGCGCGAGCUGCUGGACGUCACGAGGCUGCUGGAGGCGCAGCACGUCAAGUAUCAUGGCAACAACUACGGGACGGCGUCUCUGUCGCAGAAGAUAUUCGUGGCUCUGCAAGAGCUGUGCUACAGUCGCCACGGACCCGUCACCGAGACCGUCAUGCUGAUAGCGCGGUACAUGCUGCCCGACCUGCUGUUCUAUCCCGCGCAACCGAGGUCUAUGAUCAACGUGCACGAGGCGGCCAUACACUUUCUGAAGAACCUGUCGAAGGUUCACGAGCAGGAGACCGUCCAGGCGAUCGUAGCUCUAAUUCACCAGCUGAUGGUGAAGUGUCCGGAGAGAUUGGAGGGGCGUCAGAGGCAAGCGGCUGUUCUGAUAAAGCUACUGAAUAUAUGUAACAAGAAUGUAAUUGUAAGCGUUUUUCGAGACAUCGUACUGUUCUCACACCACAAUAAGAUACCUUACAGAUUGUUCGCGCAAGAGAUCGCGGGGAAGCUACUGACGGAAUCGAGUUCCCUGUCGAACGAUAAUUUGGACGGGAACGUGAAGAUGAGGAUGCGAAAGAUCUUGGUGGCCAUCGUAGCGUCCCGUUGCAUGGAUCGCUCGGCCUUCGUGAGGGGAAAGGCCAUGGCCACGCUCGCCGCGUUCUCCGACUGCAACAACGACGUGGACCGAGCGAUUCUCCGGGGCAUGUUCGAGAUCUCGGCCGCGGACAGGACCUUCCCCGCGAUCGACGAGCUGAAGAAGGCGCUGUCGCAAGAGGGGGACGUCGACGUCGAGCCGCCGUUGCCGGGUUCGACCGCUCUGAUCGCGAUGCUGCUGGACCGGGUUACCGACGAGCGCGCGCUCGUGCGACGAAACGCUCUGAAGAUCUCGCAGAACCUGGUGGUCAUGUUUCCAUCGCUCGUAGGCAAAUUGAAAAACGUUAUAAGCGAUCGUUGCAGGGAUUCUACGCUGACCGUGCGCCAGUUCGCCGUACACGUUCUGUCCGAGAUCCUGCAGCAUUUCCCACACGACUCGGGCCUCCUCGACGAGUGGAUAUGGGCAGUGGUGCCGCAGAUAUACGACGUCGAGGCCAAAGUGCAGGAGAAGGUCCUGGAAUGUCUGGGCAGCGUGUUGCUAGGCAGAAUAACAAAUGCUGCUGCCUAUGUGCCGAACGACGCGUCGAACAGCUUGCCGUGGCGACUGCUGAUUAGACUGAGCGACAUGAGGAUGAGGAAACAUCUGUCCAAGGCCUGCAGCUUGUGGGUGAAGAACGGCGUCAUCACCCGGUCUCUGGUAACGAGUCUGCAGUCGCACGUCGGCACGGACAACACCAUAGGCGCGUGGAUACUGCUGGCCGCGCUGGCCGAGAACAUGAAGAUUCCGAAUAUAGACAGGUACAUCGCGGACUACAAGGAGAUUCUGCAGAAGAACGAUUUUCAUGCGAGUCUGGUCCUGCACGUUUUGCGAUACGUCUGGCGCGACUUGGAUCGUGACCGACUCGAGGACCUCUAUCAGCAUCUCUACAAGUGUAUCUGCCGCUUCGAGGUCAACUUCAACUUGAUCAGCGUCUGCUUGGACAUCCUGAGUAGGCUACCGCGAUUCCACCUAAAGGACUCUGCCAAGAGCGAUCAAUUGAUGAUGAACUCGGACCUAAUGGAGCUAAUGAGAUUGUCGGAGGCGGAGAUCCAGAGUUUGCUGGAAGAGAGUGAGGACUGCGCGCAAGACACAGUGAAGAUGCGGGCUAUAUUUACGCUGGGCCACGCGUCGCUCUUUUGCACUAACAAGAUCUCGUCGUCGACCCUGCAGAUUCUCGGAAGAGUGCUGCUGCAGUGGGACUCGCUACCAGACACGGUGAAGGAGGUGAAGGACCUGCAGGCGUCCGCGGUGGUUCUCCUCUGCCAGCAGGCGCUGAGGGAUCGCGAGGUCGCGAAGGAGGUCACGCCGAUACUCGGCAAUCUGAUGCGCCAGGAGACGACCACAAACUCACCGUUGGCGAGGACCGCGGUCAAGAUAAACGCCGCAAAGGCGCUGGGUGACAUCUGCGUGAGGUUCACCGCGCUGGUGGAGCCGUAUUUGCCGGAUCUGUGCAUCAGCAUGAAGGACCCGAAUCCCGCGGUGCGUCAGGCCAUAGUCGUGAUAUUCAUCGAGCUGCUGCUGGAGGAUUUCAUAAGGAUGAAGGGACCAUUUUUCUUUCACAUUCUGACGAUGCUGUCGGACGCAGACAGCAUGAUACGCGAACUGACAAUCUUCCUCGUGGAGGAGAGACUUCUGAUGAAGAACAAGACGUUGAUCUCCCAGCAAUUUCUUGAGAGCAUAUACCAUUACAACAACUGUCGCUCUCGGAACGCGUUUUGCGGGCAUGUGAUGCGCGAUCAGGAGCGGAAACUCCUGACGCUGCCCGGGCGUGCGAAUCGACACAAACGCUAUGUUAUCUACGAAUUUAUGCUCGAGCACUUGGACGUGUCCGCGAGGUCGGAACUGGUCGUGAAACUGACCAAGUAUAUAUUUCGGGAGGUAUGCGACGAGAAUUCUAUCGACGUCACGACUGAGGAGGGUGCAUGUGUCCUGAGGGACGCGCUAUUCAUAAUCAGUAAUAAUCGUUUGCAACCGUCGUCCCUUGGCGAGAAGCACAAGGAAGAUUUGGAGCUCGAUGAGACGAUUGCGAGUACGCCCUCCAGUACGUCUAACAACAACGCUUCGAAUGCCAUUAUAGCGGCAAUGAAGAAACAUAAUUUGGAUAAACUAUUACCUACGUUGAUUACGCUCAAGAAGAAAUUGGUUACAUUGAAGUCUCCCUUGGAGGACGACGUGAGCAGUCUGUUAUUUAAGAUUUACUCGGAAUAUGAAAAAGAACAGCUGGUCAGCAUAUUGAACGAAUAUCCUAAAUUGGAAAAAGAAAUGGAUCAUUAUCAACGGAAACUGAAAGACAAAAUUAAUUCGGAAACUGAUGACAGUAGAAGCAUUAGUUUGUCACCCGUUGCAAAUCACAGGGAUCCGGAAAUACGUAAGGGGGCCCGUGUUCUACUCCAACGUAUCUCAUCUUCGAUGAUAUCACGUUACAAGAGCAAUGAAUCGAUAGAGUCCGGUAAUUGCUUGCAAAUCGCAAGGUCUUACACGUUAAUAGAAAGUCCAUCGAUGCAUCCGGAAAGAUCGUUGCUGAUACAAACACCACCUCCAGAGCCAGGCUUUAGUACUAGCACACCUAUAUUGACACGAGAUAUAAAGUCGUGUUCCAGCGAUACUCCCGCUCGAGGAGAACGAAAGAGGCCCUCGAAUGAGCGAGGACUAUCACCGGAUCCUGCUCGACGUAAAAUUCUGACGGACAGUGUGAACUGUGAAUGACGAUUUCGAUCUCAGCUUUACGCGUUUACGAAAUCUACGUACAAAUCUACCUACCUCGUAAUUUUCGCUGUACACGAAAAGCCGUUUGCGAAAUUGUACAUGUGCGAGUCUCCAGUUCUUUUUGAUAUUGUUAUGCAAAUUCUUCACGAUAGAAACAUUCUCGACUAUAAGGUGGAUCAGAGUGCGUAUUUCUUCGGCCUACGUCAACGGUGUGUCACGAUUAUUUUAAUUAUGAAAGAGUACAAGGUACAUGGCUUGACUGAAAACUUGAUAGUGUUCAUACGUACUUCGUCGAGCACCUCCUUCAGCUUUUUGUUUUGAGCUAUUUGAAGAUGUACGUCCUGCAGGAAUCCUCUGCCAAAGGUACUGCUGUUGCUUCGGCUCUAGAAAAGUUAGUACAUUGUGUUAAUUUGGCAAUUUUAAGGCUGUUUGUUUGAUUUAUUUGCUCGAAUGUAUAUCGUUAAUUGUAAGCGAGAGAAUAGCGACAAGUUGACUCUAAAGCGAAACUUUUUUCUCUUAUCAAAACUUUUAUUUGCACACGUCAUUCACGAACGCAUUAUUCGAGGUGAUAUACUCGACAACCGGCGGUCGUUUUUUCUUUUUGACAUUUCUAAUAAUUCUAGAAAAAAUGAAAAAUACUAACGGCACGCAAAUCGGGCAUACGAUCGCGAACCAUGAUGAGUAUUCCUUUAGAAUCGGCAUGUAACUGAUAAUUUUGUGAGUGGAAUAAAUACGGUACACUUUGUUAUCUCUCUUAUCAGUGCACUAUGAAUAUCGGCUGAAAUCCGUUUCGCCGCUUCGUAACGUUAUAGUCGAUACAUCGCCGUCGAUGGAGAAACACCACGAGUGUUUCUUCGACUGAAACGCGUGAGGCGCUUUUGAACUGCACAUAGGUACAAGAUACUUUGCAUCUGAAAUGAAAUAGGAAAUGAGCACUUGGCAGCUGCGCGUCAGAAGGACGACGCAAUUACACGUUUCUUUAUAUGAACUUAUUCAUUCAAUAAAAGAGCAAUAUAAUGUUGAUAUUUAAAAGCGUUGCCAUUUUUGUUCGGCAAAUAACGUUUAAUAUUUAAGACAAAAUAAUUUAAAAAAUUACAAUUUCAAGAGGCUAGCCGCCGAAAUAAAAACUAAAAUAUCGACUUUUUACUUGUAACAGAUAUUUUUGAGUAAAAUUAAUUUAAAAAAAUUUAAAUGACAAUAAGGCAGUACGAUCCUGUAGAAAAUUAAAACUUGAGUUAGAACAUGAUGAUAAAACAAAACUUGGACACCGAUUAAGGAUUUAUCGUUAAACUUAGGUUAGUUCGUAACGAUGGAAAAACUGCCAAUUAUUUUUUUUUAUUAAUAGCUCUUAUUUAUAAGAUAUUUAGACAAAUGCUCUGAAAUAAAUGCAAAUAUAAAAUUAAUUUGAUGACAUGCUAUUUGAUUAGCAAUUAACUUUCUAUUUUUAUUUUAAAAUUUUAUUCAAUAUAUAUAUAUAUAUGUAAUAGAAAAGAGUGAAAGGUAAUAAGAUUAAAAAGAAAAUAUUUUAAAAUAAUUAUGAAUUCAGAAUUAUUUUUGCUCAACAGAGUUACUUUUAUUAUUAUGACGAAAUAUUUUAAUUAUUUAUUUACUAACUUAAAAAAAGUUAAUUUUGUUGAUAAAAAUAUGGACAUGAUUUAUUGUUAUUUAUUACAAUAAGUUUUAUUUUAUUACAGUAUGGUUAUCAGAAAGUUAAUAAAAAGGCGUAUUUUAAAUGUAUUUUUUUUUAUUAUCGACUGGUAUUUAGUUUGAAGUGCUAUUUUAAUUUAUGCCGUUCCAAAUGUUAUUGAACUAUUCUGUGAUAAUGCGCAAAGCUAACCUGGCUAUAAUUUAUAUAUACGCAUAUAUAAUGAGUUAUUGUACAUGCGUGUAUAUAGAUUAUUAGUUAUAUUAUAUAAAAGAAAAUUAAUGAUAAAUAUUAGAGAGAAGUACAAACAACAUUAAUUUAGUGAUAGUUACAUAAAAUAAUAUAUAUGCACAAAAUAUAUUUCAUGAACGAAUAAUAAUCAAAUUUGUUUCAUAUAAUGGAAUAUAUUGAUAACAUAUUUUUAUGUCAUUAGGAAUUAUCUUUCUUGUAAAACGUUUUAUCAUUAAUUUUGUGCAACUCUUCGUUAAUAAUACGAUAACUACACCUUAUGAACUGUGUUGUUAGGGAAGAGUACCCAUUAUUUGUUUACAAAACUAAAAUUAUUACAAAAUAUUAAAAUAUAUAAAAUGCUUAAGGUAUUACUGUGUGUAUGUGUGUAUUUUAACUUGAACAGAAAUUUAUUUUUUGAUAACUCAAGACGCGUAAUAUGUAUAUGCAAUAUUUCAUGUGAUUACUGUUAUAAUUUUUUUGAAGAAAAUUAUCCAAUCUACGUUUAUAAUAAAUUAUAAUAAAGUGUUCUGAACAAACAUCACAA